AUCGUCAUCACUAUGUUAGCCUUAUUCUCCUUCUCCGGCAUUGUGGGCAAUGCUCUGGCGUUUUACAUUUACUACAAGAAGCGGGACAAGACGACAUCUAACGUGUUUAUCCUGUCUCUAGCUGUCACCGACUUCCUAGUGUGCCUCGUCGUGGUGCCCUACACGAUUGUCGCGGAACUCUUAAGCUAUCGCUUAGUGUACGACAUCAUCUGUAAAGUGUAUCUCUUCUGUAUAACGUCCAACGUCCCGCUGUCCGCGUUCAUAAUGGUGGCCAUUGCGUUCGACAGGUAUUUCUGUAUUUGUCAUCCCUUCCUCCGAGUGUUGACGGUGGAGCGAGCCAAACUUGGUGUUGCGUGCCUUACUCUGUUGUCGUUCGUUCUGGGGGUGAUAACGGCGUUGAAUUACGGCGUGGAUCGCGUGCACACCUCGCCAGUUGUGAACGACUCCAAUGUUUCUGCCAUGGUGGAUACGCUCGGCCCACGCAAUUCAUCAGCGGAUAACCAGACGUGGAGCUACUACUACAACGGAUAUUCCCUGGAGUACACCCAGACGAACCUUUCGAACGGAACCUUUAACGAUAAGGAGGAAGUGCGGUACAACACUGUUUUAGUGCGUGGUGAAUACUGCGGUCUCAAUUCCAUGAUUCUCAGCAUGCACUUCACGGCCUCCUACCAGAAGGUCUACGCCGCGCUGUUUCUCGUGUCCUUCAUCAUAGUUCUCGUUCUCUACGCCCUCAUAUACAGAUCCAUACUGCUACGACGGCGCUGGCGGUCACGCCGCAAGCGCAUGAGCUGCUACACCAGCGUGAACGGGGCGGAACAGACGGUGGUGGAGGAAACGCAGAUGACAGCCGUUAAUGGGAACGUGAAUGCCGACAAGUCUGCCUUGCCAAAGAAGUCGUCGACGAGCAGGCAGAUUGCCAUACGCGAGAAGACACUUUACGCCAAUGUGAAAACCGCGGGAAUGUUGUUCGUCGUCACGAUCGUUUUUAUCAUAUCGUUUUUACCUUCGUGGCUGAUCGGGCUGCAGAUGAUACCUUUCAACUUAAUAGUGUUCAAUAUUUAUUUUGUCAAUAAUGUGGCAAACCCUUUCAUCUACGCUUUCAUGAACAGAGCAUUUCGCGACGACCUCAAACAGUUACUGAAGAGAUGUAAAUAAAUCUUUCAGCGACCUAUUAACGCUUUCUGGUCUGUUUCUUGUUUCCAAUCUUAGUCCGAGACAACGUUACAAUUCGAUAACAGUGAAAAUAGAUUCGACCACAAAUUUCGGGAUAAAAUACUUAGACAAUAAAUGUUAGUUGAUUGGACCAACCACAUGGGUGAAUUAAGUUCCGGAACUGACCUUAUAAGGUCAGUAGAAUGCAAUGGACAAGAACGAAAACGUCGUAAUUCUGCCUGGAAGGUACACGCUCUGUCCAGCCAGGAAACAAUCAGGGGAGUGCGUUCACUUCAACUCAUUCGGUAAAUGUCUGGUGGCCAUGUAGGCCAUUCUGUGAAACAAAUGUAAUAUAAAACAUACACUAUAACGAACUGUACGCGUUCACUUUAACUCAUUCGGUAAAUGUCUGGUGGCCAUGUAGGCCAUUCUGUGAAACAAAUGUAAUAUAAAAAACACUGUAUAACGAACUGUACGCGUUCAGUUCAACUCAUUCGGUAAAUGUCUGGUGGCCAUGUAGGCCAUUCUGUGAAACAAAUGUAAUAUAAAAAAAACACUGUAUAACGAACUGUACGCGUUCACUUCAACUCAUUCGGUAAAUGUCUGGUGGCCAUGUAGGCCAUUCUGUGAAACAAAUGUAAUAUAAAAAAAAAACUGUAUAACGAACUGUACGCGUUCAGUUCACCUCAUUCGGCAAAUGUCUGGUGGCCAUGUAGGCGAUUCUGUGAAACAAAUGUAAUAUAAAAAAAACACUGCAUAACGAACUGUACGCGUUCACUUCAACUCAUUCGGUAAAUGUCUGGUGGCCAUGUAGGCGAUUCUGUGAAACAAAUGUAAUACAAAAAAAACACUGUAUAACGAACUGUACGCGUUCAGUUCAUCUCAUUCGGCAAAUGUCUGGUGGCCAUGUAGGCCAUUCUGUGAAACAAAUGUAAUAUAAAACAUACUGUAUAACGAACUGUACGCGUUCACUUCAACUCAUUCGGUAAAUGUCUGGUGGCCAUGUAGGCGAUUCUGUGAAACAAAUGUAAUAUAAAAAACACUGCAUAACGAACUGUACGCGUUCACUUCAACUCAUGCGGUAAAUGUCUGGUGGCCAUGUAGGCCAUUCUGUGAAACAAAUGUAAUAUAAAACAUAUUGUAUAACGAACUGUACCCACGCCUCUUGUACGCCCUUGUAAUCACAUUGUUAUGAGGGUCUCUAGACGAUCUUGGUAGAAACGCUCGUCCCAGUGGGUUUGUGGAGUAUUCCCGUCCCAAUCGUAUGACAAUGUUUUAAGGCGACUGAACGAAAGUCCACACAAAAUCAACCAAAGCUAUGAUGAGGAAUCCAAGCUUUGGAUUCAUUGCAACCAUAUUUAUUUUCUCUCCCCACAUUUUGUCGCUAAAUAUAUUAAUUCACGAUUUCGACUAAUUAGUUGUUGUGUAUGUAUAGUGUUGCAUUUAAUUGUCAACAUAACAAUUUCACUUCGUGUGUACAUAACUCAUUGAACCCAAAAGUAAAUAUUUGAAUGGAGAAGGCAGUACCAGUAUUCCCGUUUGCAAGUGUUCCUUUACAGAAUAUAUAUUUUGAUGAAAAUUCAAUUUUACUUCUCUAAUUGCUCACGUGUACAUUUUACCCAUGAACAGCCAUAAUUGUGUUUGUUACAAAUGAAGAGCUACGAAUGUUGAAAAUACUAUGUAUUUAAAAUGUUGUAAACGCGCGUUCAUUGUUGUUCUGCAUCUGAUCUAUGAAAUCUAAAGUGCAUAAUAAAACAUUUGUGUUCUUAAAAUCAACAUUUGAUGUCGACAAAUUACUGAAAUAAAGAAUAAAAUCAA